AUGGCCGGAAGAAAAGAUCCCGAGUUCAUAAACACGCUGGCAGGGGUUGCCAAAAUCGUUGACUUUGUAGACCGCCAAGACACCUGGAAGAGAGACAUUGAGCCUCCAUUGUACAUCGACCUCGAAGGAGAACAACUCGGUAGGAACGGAAGCGUCUCUCUGAUGACGGUGCUCGUCUAUCCCGGCGAAGGUCUUGAGUGUAUCUACGUGAUCGAUAUUUAUAUCCUGGGCAACGCAGCAUUUGAAGUCGUCGGCGAGCGUGGCAAGAGCUUAAAGGACAUACUCGAAGCACCGGAGAGAUCAAAGGUCCUUUUUGAUGUCCGAAGGGAUUCUGAGGCGCUCUUCGCCCAUUACGGGGUGAAUCUCCGCGGCGUCUGGGACUUACAACUCAUGGACAGCGCUGCACGGCCGAGAACAGAGCAACGGAUGUUACUUUCCGGGCUGGCCAAGUGUAUGCAAUUCGUCCCCCUGACCAACGCGCAAAAAAACGAAUGGGCUCUUUGCAAGGAGAGAGGAGACCGUGUAUGGAACCCGGACAAGGGCGGUUCGUAUAACGCUUUCAACCAGAGACCGCUGCCUGCCGAGAUACUACGGUAUUGCGCGGGGGAUGUUGCAUAUUUACCUGCCAUGUACAAGAAAUACGCCUCCAAAAGUACUCGAUGGCGGAAUUUCGUCUUUGAAGCGUCGCAGAAGCGAGUUGUUGAAUCGCAAGGGACGGGGGUUCAGCCUGAGGGUAGGGAGAGGGCGCUGAGUCCUUGGACUGCGGAGGAACAUAGGAUGCUUGAUUCGUGGACCGAGGUGAAUCCAAGGGGGGGGUUACUUUUCGCAAUCUCGGGAAGAUGA